AUGGCGACAAUAGGGGAAUUUGACCCGCUCAACUCCACCGUACCUGCGACAAAGAUAGAAAUCACGGUUUCUUGCAGAAACCUGUUAGACAUGGACACCUUCUCCAAGUCAGAUCCAGUGGUGGUGUUGUAUGUCCAAGGCCUGGGAACCAAGGAGUGGAGGGAGUUUGGUCGGACAGAAGUGAUCGAUAACACACUGAACCCCGACUUCGUGAGGAAGUUUGUCCUUGAUUUCUUCUUUGAAGAGAAGCAGAACCUUCGCUUUGAUGUGUACAAUGUGGACACCAGGAGCUCCAACCUCUCCAAACAUGACUUCCUGGGUCAGAUGUUCUGCACGCUGGGAGAGAUCAUCGGCUCAGCUGGUGCCAGACUGGAGAGGACGCUGUCUGGGAUUCCUGGGAAGAAGUGUGGAAGCAUCGUGUUCACCGCUGAGGAGCUCAGUAACUGCCGGGACAUCGCCACCAUGCAGUUCUGUGCCAACAAGCUGGAUAAAAAGGAUUUCUUUGGCAAGUCUGACCCUUUCCUUGUCUUCUACCGGAGCAACGAGGACGGGACCUUCACCAUCUGCCACAAGACCGAAGUGAUCAAGAACAAUCUGAACCCCGUCUGGCAGUCCUUCACCAUCCCGGUCCGAGCGCUUUGUAACGGAGACUAUGACAGAACGGUCAAGGUGGACGUUUACGACUGGGACAGAGACGGGAGUCAUGACUUCAUCGGAGAGUUCACCACCAGCUACAGAGAACUAUCCAGAGGCCAAAGCCAGUUUAACGUCUACGAGGUUCUGAAUCCCAAAAAGAAAGGCAAGAAGAAGAAAUACGUGAAUUCAGGGACGGUGACUCUGCUGUCGUUCAAAGUGGAGUCAGAAUGCACGUUUGUGGACUUCAUCAGAGGAGGGACGCAACUCAACUUCACCGUGGCCAUAGACUUCACAGCAUCCAACGGUAACCCGUCCCAGCCCACGUCCCUGCACUACAUGAGUCCGUACCAGAUGAAUGCGUACGCCAUGGCCCUGAAGGCUGUUGGGGAGAUCGUUCAGGACUACGACAGCGACAAACUCUUCCCAGCGUACGGCUUCGGAGCUAAACUUCCCCCAGACGGCAAGAUCUCCCACGCCUUCCCACUGAACUCCAACACAGAAAACCCAAACUGUGUGGGGAUCGAAGGUGUCCUGGAGUCGUACUUCCAGAGCCUGCGGACUGUUCAGCUGUACGGUCCGACCAACUUUGCUCCUGUCAUCAACCAGGUGGCUCGGUGAGAGAAAAACCACAUGCACAUGACCGACGGCUCUCAGUACUUUGUGCUGCUGAUGAUCACUGACGGCGUCAUCUCAGACAUGGCUCAGACCAAAGAGGCCGUGGUCAACGCAGCCUCCCUGCCCAUGUCCAUCAUCAUAGUGGGAGUGGGCCCUGCUGAGUUCGACGCUAUGGAGGAGCUGGAUGGCGACGAGGUCCGAGUGUCUUCAAGGGGACGCUUUGCUGAGAGAGACAUUGUCCAGUUUGUUCCUUUUCGGGACUAUAUCGACCGCUCAGGGAACCAGGUCCUGAGCAUGGCCCGGCUGGCUAAAGACGUCCUGGCAGAGAUCCCCGACCAGCUGUUGUCCUUCAUGAAGACCCGGGGCAUUGAGCCUCGGCCCCCGCUGCCCGCCACCUCCGACUCCCCCUCGAUGUCCACCACCACUGCCACGACCACUUCUGCCCCCAAGCAGCGCAACACUCACGCCUGA